CACAAUUCAGAACAAGAACCAUUUCCCCACCACGAAAAAAAGGAAAAAAUAAUGAUGCUUGGAGAAAGAAGCUAUGGCGGCACAGCAGUCCAUGUUCCUCCGUGGUCUCCCACUGCGGAGGAUCCCGGCUCCUACCCGUUCAGCCCCACCGCCGGGAAUGUUAACAGCUCCGCUGAUGACUACUAUCUGUACUUCCAGAACGAUUCCUUGAAGGCCUUGCAGCGAUUCUUGCCAUCCAACUCGAACGACGCCGUGGCGGAGUUUCAGGUUCCUGACUCGGAUAACGGCGGGACCGGGGAUUUUCUUCCUGUGGACGCGCACUCGUGCGAUCAUUUCCGGAUGUUCGAGUUCAAGGUUCGGAAGUGCACGCGCGGCCGGUCCCAUGACUGGACGGAGUGCCCGUUUGCUCACCCGGGUGAGAAAGCCCGCCGCCGGGACCCUCGGAAGUUCCAUUACUCCGGCACCGCUUGCCCCGACUUCCGCAAGGGCAACUGCCGUAAAGGUGACUCCUGCGAGUUCGCGCACGGCGUUUUCGAGUGCUGGCUCCACCCCGCCCGCUAUCGUACCCAGCCAUGCAAGGACGGUAUGAACUGCAAGCGCCGCGUCUGCUUCUUCGCCCACUCGCCCGACCAGCUGCGGGUUUUGAGCCCCCGUGCCGAGACUUUCGACGGCUCGCCCCGCCGCCUUGCCUUUAUGUCACCUCCGGAGCCGGUGUCGCCGCCUAGCGAGUCUCCGCCUAUGUCUCCUAUGACUCCUACAUCAGUCAACGAAAUGGUGGCUUCUAUGCGCCAGCUGCAUCUGAACAAAGUGAAGUCCAUGCCUUCGACCUGGCUGGGCAGUUCUUCGUCUCCCCGGCUUAAGAUGACCCCACCAGGAUACUUCAGCCUGCCCACCACUCCCACCCGCACCAUAACCAGACCCGGAAUCAGCUACUUCGAGACCUGGGACAGCCCACAACAAGAGGAAGAGGAACCCAUGGAGAUGGUAGAGUCCGGGAGAGACUUGAGGGCCAAGAUGUUCGAGAAACUAAGCAAAGAAAAUCCCCUGGAACGGGUCGACCCGGAACCAAACCCGAACCCGGACGUGGGCUGGAUUUCUGACCUGGUAACCUAAAACACAACAAUUUUCUUGGUGGAUAAAAUUUUUGGUGGGCCUCUUAUUUUACUUGAAUGAAAGUUGAAGGCAGGAGCAAAGGGGUUAGAAUCGUCAAUUCGGAAGGAUAUGUAAAUAGUAGUUUUUUAAUAUUGGUAUGGUGAUGAUGAUGAUGAAUGAUGUUGUGAGGUUGAAGAGUGUAAUCUCAUUUUUUGGGGCAGCCUGAAAUUCGUCAAAGAUGACAACGUUGGAAGGCUUUUAUUGUACAGUUGAAGGACGGCAGCAGCAGCAGAUGGGUUUUGGUAAUUUCAUAAUUUGGUAUAAUUAUGUAAGUAGGUAUUAUUGUUGUUGAUUGUUGUACAUAUUGAUCCGAGAUGCUAAUAUUAAUUAAUUAUUGUUAUAUGGGUAUUGAUAAUUAUCAUAUGGGUUUUUGCUCA